CCCUGUGUUGAAUAACAGCUUUGACGUCGCGAAAUCGUGCGUGUCAGUCACUUUAUUCUUUUCAGCAUCCUUAUAUUGUCAUUGCUGCCACCGCAUCAUGGGCAAGAGCGUAAAACAGCGUAAGAAAAAGAAGUACCUGUACAAUGUCAACCGCAGGAAGCUGCAGCAGAAGACGAAGAAGAAGCUGCUGCCUCGCAUUCCCUGUGAGGCGAUCCGCGAGGCCUGGGACAGCCAGAAACAUACCAAAGCCAACCUGGAGGCGAUGGGGCUGGCCUUCAAGUUGGAGACGGCGAUGCCGGUGCAGCCCCAAUCGGACUCGGAGGACGCGCCCGCUGCGUCGAGACCGCGGAAGAAGGUGAAGAAGCCGGAGGUGGUGCCGAAGCUGGAGGAGCAGGCCAACCGGCCGCAGGAGAGGCGACUGCGCCUGCCGAAGCAGCAGGUGGCUUUCGUCGAGCGGAUGCUCGACUCGCACGGCCAGGACUUCAGGAAGAUGGCACGUGACCAGAGCAACCACUACCAGCUGACGCCGAAGCAGAUUCGGCGGCUGGUCAUGCGGUUCUGGGACAUUCCUGAGCACUUCACCCCUUACAUGAAGCGGAAGGGCCUGCUGGAGAAGCCCAGUGUAGAGGACGAUGACGAGUAACUUUGUGUCGUUCAGCUCUCUGACGACGUCGGGACGCGUGGGAAAGCGCGGUUCGAUUUGCAAGUGUUCAUGUGGUGUACAAUACACAUUAUGCAUUGGUA